AGCAGGGAGGGAGGGGGCGAAGGCCGAGCAGGCGGGGGAGGCUGACAUCACCAGCGCCAUAGCCUUUAAACCCCUCACCCCGCCAGCGCCCAGGCCCGUCUGUCUGGUCCUGACUCAGCGCUCGCUCCCUCCCUACUGCAAACCCGAGGAAGCCCUUUUCCCCGCAAUAUGGCCAACAAAGGUCCUUCCUAUGGCAUGAGCCGCGAAGUGCAGUCCAAAAUCGAGAAGAAAUACGACGAGGAGCUAGAGGAAAGGCUGGUGGAGUGGAUCGUGGUGCAGUGUGGCCCUGAUGUGGGGCGCCCAGACCGCGGGCGCCUGGGCUUCCAGGUUUGGCUGAAGAAUGGUGUGAUUCUGAGCAAGCUGGUGAACAGUCUGUAUCCUGACGGCUCCAAGCCAGUGAAGGUGCCCGAGAACCCCCCCUCCAUGGUGUUCAAGCAGAUGGAGCAGGUGGCACAGUUCCUGAAGGCGGCCGAGGACUACGGGGUCACCAAGACAGACAUGUUCCAGACUGUUGACCUCUUUGAAGGUAAGGACAUGGCUGCAGUGCAGAGGACCCUGAUGGCACUGGGCAGCCUGGCGGUGACCAAGAAUGACGGGCACUACCGUGGAGACCCCAACUGGUUUAUGAAGAAAGCCCAGGAGCACAAGAGGGAGUUCACAGAGAGCCAGCUGCAGGAGGGCAAGCAUGUCAUCGGCCUACAGAUGGGCAGCAACAGAGGGGCCUCCCAGGCUGGCAUGACAGGCUAUGGACGGCCUCGGCAGAUCAUCAGUUAGAGGGGUGCCAGGCCCCACUGUCCCCAGCUCCUCGGCCACAGCCUCGCCCGCCUCCCCCUCACUGUAGUUGAGCCCCGGCCAAGCUUCAAGGCUCUGUCACUGAGCAGAGGUGACUGCACUGGGCAGCUUCCCCCACUCCUGGGCAUCAGCCCCUGUUCCCUCCCCCAAGCACCACUCCUAGCUGGCUGUCCUCCGAGACCCCCCCCACCUCUCCACCCAACUGUCUCUCCCCCAUCCUGGGCUGAGCAGGGGGCAUGUGGGCUGGGGUAACCUGGGUGGGGCCAACCCCACUGUCCUUGGCAACAAAUGCCUACUGAAAGAACCCAGCCCAAUCUCCCCCCCCCCACCCCGCCCCGUUUUUUGCUGGAAUACUUUGUGGGAGUGAAAUUUAAAGAGGAAACAAAUAUACACAUUGGUCUUUU